AUGACGAAUUGCACCAGCAAAAGAAACAAAACAAACCCAACCAGAGAGAGAGAGAGAGAGAGAGAGAGAGAGAGAGAGGCAUCAGAUCGGUGGUUCUGUUGUUUCAUUGCCAAGAAAAGUAUCGAAGAAACGAGCGCACACACUCUCACACGCACAACCAUGUCGACGAAGUUGUUACGACUAGCUCCAUUCGCUUUAUAUGCUCCUCUUUUUUGUUGAAAUGGGUGGUUCAAUCACCAACUCCUGUACGUUGAGUGGCUGCUUUCGCUUACGAUCCAAGUCUGCAUCGCCAUCACUAACACCUCCUCCUCCUUCUUCCUCGCGCUCCACAAACUGCCCUUCUCUACCAUGAUCCUCUGCCCUAAACAGUCUCUCGGAUCUUAGCCACAGGUCCGCCUUCAACGCAGACAUCUCCUUCUCUCUUAUCCUCAUGGACCCAGCUACCUCUCGUCCCGCUGUAGUAAUCGACAACGGCACCGGCUAUACUAAGAUGGGGUUCGCCGGUAAUGUUGAACCGUGCUUCAUCGCUCCGACGGUAGUUGCCAUAAACGAAUCGUUUUUGAACCAAUCAAGAACCUCUUCAAAAGCCAAUUGGCAGGCGCAGCACAGUGCGGGCGUAAUGGCCGAUCUCGACUUCUUUAUCGGGGAUGAGGCGCUUGCGAGAUCCCGAUCUAGUAGUACUUACAAUCUCAGCUAUCCGAUUCGGAAUGGUCAGGUGGACAACUGGGAUGCAAUGGAGCGAUUUUGGCAGCAGUGUAUAUUUAACUAUUUGCGGUGUGAUCCAGAGGAUCAUUACUUUCUCUUGACAGAGAGUCCGCUUACUGCACCGGAGAGUCGCGAGUAUACUGGUGAAAUUAUGUUCGAAACGUUCAAUGUUCCUGGGCUUUAUAUAGCGGUGAAUUCCGUCCUUGCUCUUGCGGCCGGUUACACAACGUCUAAGUGUGAGAUGACAGGGGUGGUUGUGGAUGUUGGAGAUGGGGCCACUCAUGUUGUACCUGUUGCAGAUGGUUAUGUAAUUGGGAGCAGCAUUAAGUCAAUUCCUAUCGCCGGGAAGGAUGUUACUCUUUUUGUCCAGCAGCUUAUGCGGGAAAGAGGAGAGAAUGUGCCCCCUGAAGACUCAUUUGAAGUUGCUCGGAAAGUAAAGGAAACAUAUUGCUACACUUGUUCUGAUAUUGUCAAGGAGUUCAAUAAACAUGAUAAAGAGCCGGCAAAGUAUAUUAAGCAAUGGAGAGGUAUUAAACCAAAGACAGGGGCACCAUACUCUUGUGAUAUUGGCUAUGAACGGUUUCUUGGCCCUGAGGUUUUCUUUAGUCCUGAGAUUUAUAGCAGCAAGUUUAACACCCCUUUGCCAGAGGUAAUUGACAAGUGUAUUCAGUCUGCACCAAUUGACACAAGAAGAGCUUUGUAUAAGAAUAUAGUUUUAUCUGGGGGCUCAACAAUGUUUAAGGACUUCCACAGGAGGUUGCAGCGGGAUCUGAAGAAGAUUGUGGAUGCUCGGGUUCUUGCAUCAGAGGCUCGACUUGGUGGGGAAGUUAAAUCACAACCAGUGGAAGUCAAUGUAGUUAGCCAUCCCAUCCAGAGAUUUGCGGUUUGGUUUGGAGGCUCUGUCCUUGCAUCGACACCUGAAUUUUUUGCGGCUUGCCAUACAAAAGCAGAGUAUGAAGAAUAUGGUGCUGGCAUAUGCCGAACAAAUCCUGUUUUCAAGGGAAUGUAUUGAUGCAAAAACCAUUUUGGAUGAUCAUCAUUUUCUGAGUGAGAUGGUCAAUGGAAUGCCCCAUCAUUUCCGCCUUCCAUAUUCACUUCAUUCACGUCAUGGGCCCCAUCUUACUUGGUGGCAUUCACGCUCUCUUGAGUUGGUGUAAGUGAUGUAAAAUGUGUUUAGUAUCAUUUUUGUAAGAAUAUAUGGGUUUUUCCUGUAUCCAUUCUUUCAUUAGGGUUUCAACAGUUCUGAUCUCAGCAGCCAAUAGGAAAUGGUCAUUGUCAUUGGGGUAAAUGGUAACCGAGCUGAAGUGCAGUGUUCAGCAUAGAUUAGAAUCGGAUAAAGAUUUUAUUCUUUUAUUAAGAGUGAUUACUCUAC